AUGCAUGCGCAGCAGCACAACCUAGCACAGCAUCAGCAGCAGCAAGUGCAUCAGGAGCAUCAGCAGCAGCAAGUGCAUCAGGAGCAUCAGCAGCAGCAAGUGCAUCAGGAGCAUCAGCAGCAGCAAGUGCAUCGGGAGCAUCAGCAGCAGCAAGUGCAUCAGGAGCAUCAGCAGCAGCAAGUGCAUCAGCAGCAGCAAGUGCAUCAGGAGCAUCAGCAGCAACAAGCGCAUCAGGAACAUCAGCAGCAACAAGUGCAUCAGGAGCAUCAGCAGCAGCACGUGCAUCAGCAGCAGCAAGUGCAUCAGCAAGUGCAUCAGGAGCAUCAGCAGCAACAAGUGCAUCAGGAGCAUCAGCAGCAGCAAGUGCAUCAGCAGCAGCAAGUGCAUCAGCAUCAGGAAGUGCACAUCAGUAAGAGCAGCAAACCUGUUGAUCGUAGAGAGAACCCUGACGACGUAGCUGCUGCCAGCAGUGCUAGCGACGAUAGCUUCUUUAGCAGACAGCAUCUCUAA